AUGCCUAUCACCCUUCUUAAAGACAGGUUAUUUGGCAUUUUAAUCGACAAAAUUAUUCUACUGCAUGUUAAAAAAAUAUUUACAUUUCAGUUCAAAAUUUGGGUGAAGCCAUCUGCCGAGCAACAGUUCUUGUACGGACACAAUGUGAAUAAAGCAGGACUCGGAAGAAUUACAGAAAGCACACCAAAAUACCAGAAUGUAGUCGUAUUCUCAAUGAGCGAUCUUCCUUUGGGAUUUGGUGUAGCAGCUCGCAGCACAGCAGAGUGCAAGCAUGCUGAUCCAUUAGCAACCGUGUGCUUUCAUCAAGCAGACAUCGGAGAAUAUAUUCGCAAUGAAGAAGGCCUGUUAUAGUUUGUCUCAUAGUUUGGAGUAACUCUGGUGGUGAGAGACAUGCCAUACUCAUCAUUGUGAGCUGAUGAAUUGUUGUCAUUCGAUGAAUCAAUGACAGAACUCGACGAAUGAAUGACAAACUGACAUCUGCCUCCCUCUUGAUGCACCGACACUGACAACUUCAGAACGCCAAUUGUAAUAUUUUUCUCAUCAACAAUAUUUAGUCGUUCUCUGCUACAUAUAGAAGCAAGAAUUUCUGUAUUUGGAUCUACAAAAAUUGAAAAAAUGGAGAAUUAGACAGU